AUGUUAGUGCACUUCGACACCUUUCCUUGCGCGGAAGUCACUGACGCUAUGCUGGUCGAAGCUGCAAAUAGUGACAACUAUGGGAUUUGGGGACCAGGAUCCUACAGCCCUGGAAUGCCAAUGAAACUCAAUGCACGAAGUCUUCAAGAAUGGUACCUUCCCGAGUCUUCGAACAGCCUGUAG